UUUUGGUAUUUCCACGAUUUUCUGGAUACGACAACGUGACCUUCAACAGCUACACAGCGAUACUGCUCGCCGGAAGUCGCGGCUCAUGAGGGACGUAAUGCAUCUGCAGAUGUGUGGUCUCUCGGCUGCGUGUUCUUAGAGAUGCUAUCAGCUCUACAGACCAAAGACUUGAGUUGGGCAAAGGUGUUGAAGGGUUGAGAUGUUGAUUUAUCCUCUGAGCUAUUGGCUGGAAUCGAUCGGGACUAUAUAGUAGAAGGCAAUAGCUCUCAAGAUCAAUCAAUCGUCUCGACACUUCCACAGUUCUGGACCUGGAACGCCCUCAACGUAACUUACUACUCUAUCUUCUUCUUUACAUGACCAACUAUGCAACCAGUUAUAGCGUUUUGCAUCCUACAGCAAUUGAGAGUCUUUCACGGUUGUAUCACCCAUUUAUAUGCGGCAAAACCUAUCAGGGAUCACGAGAGAAGAAAAUAUUAAUGUUUCUGAUCGAAAACGUGAACUGCAUUUUGGCAGAAUUGCUUGGAGCCGAACAGGAUGGUGAUGCAAGACAGAAAUUAGUUAAGAGAGUAGCGUUAGAAAAGCAGAAAAGAACAGAGGAAGGGGAGCGGCUCAGGAACCAGAGACCAGAGAAGAAAGAAGAAGAGCGACUGGGGACAAAGAGAGCAGGGGAACUGAAAUCAAAUCAACUAGUGCUAGGAGAGCAAUCGUGGAAACAGACAGAAGAGAAAGAGAAGGAACAGCAACCGUGGGAACAGAGAGCAGACAAAAAGAAAGAAGAGCAAUUGAGAAGACAGAAAGCUAUGGCAAAACCCUCAUUCGUCGGAAGGAUUCGGGAGAGGUUCCUUUGAUACCUCAUCACUACAGUAAAUCAGAAGCAGGACUAAGAACCUAGGCCCGAUAAUCUAGAAAUUCCGACUUUAUGCUCAAAUGUCGUUAGAA